AUGGACGCUGUGACUGCCGCUGGUUUGGGAGUGGUAUUUAUCGCAAUACUUCUCGUGUUUAGAUGGAAACUAAGAGCUUUGAAGUCUCAGCCAGAAUGCGCGCUUGGCAAUCAGGUACAUGUGCACCGCCUCUGUCCGCACCAUAACGUGGUGCAGCGAUACCAGGUGGAAGAAAAAGACUCCCUCGAUGAACAUCUCGACGUUCUUACCAGGAAACUUGCUGAAAAGGAGGGUCGUCUUCGCCUCUCGAAGUCGAAAAUCCGUCAAACCCAAAACGAGAUCGAGAACCUGCACGCCAUAGACCAUGACGUGAGGAUCAAGUACCGGGAGAUAAUGGAAUCGUUGCGCAAUGACUUACUCACCAAUGAGAAAGAAUGUAAGAAGCUACAGGAGCAGAUUGAGUGGGUAUCCAGGCGACGCGGUGAGCUUAAAGAAGAGGUACGUCGUGGACAAAGGCUGUACGGAGAAGCGGCUGCAGAACUAGCAAGCAACUUAGCUGAACUUCAACGCGGACGACUCCCAGAGCAUAGAAUAAUAGACAAGCCUCAAGCGCAGUACUCGUAUUCAUCGCUUAGAGUUCGCAAAGAACCUCUUUUGCCCAGAUCGAGCCCUGUCACGUCACCGGACAAGAAACAAAGGCAUGUGAUUCAGCCUCUCAAUCGGUCCCAAGCUGAAAUAUAA